AUGAGCCAGCUACUUACUGCGCGGCAGGCAGAGGAGCUCCACAAAUCCAUCAUCGCCUAUCUGGCGUCUGCCAACCUGCCUCAGAGCUCGGGGACUCUGCGAGAAGAACUGGGCGAUUCGGUGAACAUCGACGAUGCAACGGUUAAGAAGUAUGAGGGGCUAUUAGAGAAGAAAUGGACCAGCGUGGUUCGCUUGCAGAAGAAAAUUAUGGAUCUGGAAUCCCGUUGCGCUUCGCUUCAAGCCGAGUUGGAUUCUGCGACGCCCACAUCGCUAUCGCGACGAAAUCAAGAUCCGGCGUCGUGGCUGCCACGCGCACCUGCCCGCCAUAACCUGCAAUCGCACCGCGAUCCUGUCAACUGUGUUGCUUUCCACCCUGUCUUCUCAUCACUUGCGUCCGGCUCUGACGAUACAACGAUCAAGGUCUGGGACUGGGAGCUGGGGGAGUUAGAGCGGACAAUCAAGGGUCAUACCAAGGCAGUGCUAGAUGUGGAUUACGGCGGGCCUCGAGGAGGCACGUUACUGGCGUCGUGUUCAUCCGACCUGACCAUCAAAUUGUGGGAUCCGUCAGAUGAGUACAAGAAUAUCCGAACACUCCCUGGCCAUGACCAUAGUGUCUCCGCGAUACGAUUCAUCCCGUCUGGAGCGGCUGGCUCUCCCAUGUCGGGAAAUCUAUUGGUCUCUGCGUCUCGAGACAAGACUCUGCGGAUAUGGGACGUGACUACCGGGUACUGCGUCAAGACAUUACAGGGUCAUGCGGGCUGGGUGCGCGAUGUCACUCCCUCUCUUGAUGGCCGCUUUCUUUUCUCGGCUGGAGAUGACCAAAUCCCUCGACUGUGGGAUAUCUCUUCGGGGGAGACGAAGGCGACCUUCCUUGGCCAUGAGCACGUAGUAGAGUGCGUUGCUUUCGCACCAGCAGCCAGUUACCCACAUCUGGCGGCUAUUGCAGGGCUGAAAAAACCACCUUCGGCUUCGUCAUCGGCCGAGUUUGUCGCUACCGGUUCUCGUGACAAGACUAUCCGACUGUGGGAUUCUCGAGGGACCCUAAUCAAGACGCUGGUUGGCCAUGAUAACUGGGUUCGAGCUCUGGUCUUUCACCCAGGUGGGAAAUACCUCCUAUCCGUAUCCGAUGACAAGACCCUCCGUUGCUGGGAUCUGACGCAGGAGUGUAAAUGUGUCCGGACCCUGAACAUCCACGAGCACUUUGUCAGCUGCCUGCGAUGGGCGCCUCCUCUUAUUAAAGAUACCGGGCUCAAUGGUGACGCCGGUGUGAACGGCAGUCCCACGCCUACCGCAACGACAAACGGCUCCAAAGAGGACGCCAAUCCCGCGGCCAAGAUGUCCAUCAGGUGCGUCCUGGCGACUGGCAGCGUGGACCUUAACGUACGCGUUUUUGCAUCAUAA